AUGGAGGAAGGACGUUCAUUAACUGAAACUCCAACAUGGGCAGUCGCUACUGUCAUAUCUCUUAUGGUUGCAUCUGUCUUCCUCUUCACCAAAUCUGUAGAAUCAUUUGGCCAGUGGUUAGAUAAGACUCAUAAGAGGAAGAGGAAACCGUUGGUGGCUGCUCUUUACAAAAUUAAGGAAGAGCUUAUAGUAUUUGGGGUACUGUCACUUUUGAUGGGCCACUGGAGUAUUCUUGUUGCCAAGAUUUGUGUAAAAUCAUCAUUGUUUAGCACUAGGUUCUACCCAUGUAUACCAGAAACUACAUCAACUCAAAUUCUGGUGGCUAAUCAACAUGCAAUUAAUUCUAAUAACUCCAAGGAGGCACUUCUUGAACAACAAGAUCAUGCACCACACAGAUAUUGUGAUAAGGGCUACGAGUCUUUUGCAUCAUACGAAAGUCUCGAGCAGCUUCAUCGCUUGUUAUUUGUUCUUGGUGUGACUCAUGUUACUUACAGUUCUUUGGCCAUUGCAUUAUCUGUAAUUAAGAUUUAUAGUUGGAGGAUAUGGGAAGAUGAAGCGAAAUUAUUGGCUUCACAAACCUCUUCUUUAGAAACCUCAUCACAAGACCAGACGAAGCUGAAGCGGUUGUCUACCUUUGUUGCUCACCAUGCAUCACAUCCAUGGAGUCAGCAUAAAGUGCUUGUUUGGCUGCUUUGUUUCAGCCGUCAAUUCUGGAGUUCCAUUAACAAGUUUGAUUACACUGCUCUCCGAUUUGGGUUUCUUACUACUCACCAACUUCCAUUGUCCUAUGAUUUUCUCAAUUAUAUGCUUAGAAGUAUGGAUGAAGAAUUCCGGGAUAUUGUUGGUAUAAGCUUGCCUCUUUGGAUUUAUGCCAUAUUUUGCAUUUUCCUUGAUUUUCAUGGUACUCAUCUCUACUUCUGGCUUUCCUUUGCUCCUGCUACUAUAAUAAUUAUAAUCGGUACAAAGCUACAUCGCGUAGUGGUGAAGCUCGCAGUAGAGAUCAUGGAUUCACAUUCUCAUGUCAAAACCCAAGAGUUUAAAGUUAAAUUAAGGGAUGAGCUCUUUUGGUUUGGAAAGCCUAGGCUUUUACUUUGGUUCAUACAAUUCAUAUCUUUCCAAAAUGCAUUUGAGAUGGCAAUGUUCUUAUGGUCAUUGUGGGAAAUUAAUGGAACUUCUUGUUUUAUGGACAACAAAAGCUUCAUAGCGAUUCGAUUAACAUUUGGGCUAAUCUCUCAAGUAUGGUGCAGCUACAUUACAUUCCCCCUCUAUGUCAUAAUCACAGAGAUGGGAUCAAAAUUUAAGAAAGCGGUUAUCCCUGAAGGUGUAAGAAAAUCGCUACAUGGAUGGAAGAAAAGAGUGAAGACAAGGCAAAAUAAUAACCCUAAUAAUGUGAGACUUACUUCUACAACAUCCAUGCCCUUGAUUCGAGAUGUCGGACAAGAUGAUUUCAACAAUAAUGGAAGUAACAAUGAUAUUAUUAAUAUUGGCGGAGGAACAUCUUGGAGAAAUGGAGGAUCAAGGAGGCGAUUAUCACUAGUGGAAUACGGAGAAAUAAGAGAGUUGUUUACCCCGCGACAACCACAUCUUGUGGACACAGGAAGGGUUUACUAUGAUAGUGAUACAAGUAGUGAUAAUUAUUACGAGGAAGAUGAGGAAGACGAGGAAGAGGAAGAGGAAGAGGAGGAGGAUAGAGAUGAUGUUCAUUAUGUUUCCUAUCCUUGA